GGGGUGUGUGCUAAGUUCAUGAAAUAAUAUAUAUUAAUAAAAUAAAAUUAUUUGCAUUGCAUUUGCAAAAAAUCUGAUAGACAAAAUAUUUAAAUGUGAAAUCCAGUGCCUAAAAUAUUUUUUGGGUGUUUACAGUGUAACAUAGUUGAUAGUUCCAGUGGACUGUGAUAUUUGGUGGACUUUUUAAGGCAAUCAUAAUGCUUAGAGGAAGAGUGCAACAUUUAUUUCACUGUACAUUUUUUAUAUCAUUUAUAUUUUUAUUUCUGGUGUUUGCGGGGGCUAUAAAUCUAGAUGAUAAAGAAAAACCCUAUGUUGAUCCUUGGGAAACAUAUGGCAUCUAUGGAACCCUAACAUUGUAUAUAUUAAGGCUUUUAACAUUGCUUACUAUACCUCAAGUCCUCUGUAAUUUUGGUGGACUGACAUUAUUUAAUGCAUUCCCAGGAAAAGUUAAAUUAAAAGGAUCUCCACUACUAUCACCAUUUAUUUGUAUAAGGGUUGUAACUAGAGGUGAUUUCCCUAAGUUAGUGAGAGACAAUGUAACAAAAAAUAUGAAUACAUGUUUAGAUGUUGGUAUGGAGAACUUCAUGAUAGAGGUUGUAACAGAUAAAGCUAUAAACCUGCCUAAACAUAGAAGAGUAAGAGAAGUAGUUGUGCCUGCUGAGUACAAAACUAAAACUGGUGCUUUAUUCAAAUCAAGAGCACUGCAAUACUGUUUGGAAGACAAGGUUAACAUCUUAGCAGAUACUGAUUGGAUCGUACAUUUGGAUGAAGAAACUCUUUUGACAGAAAACUCUGUUCGAGGUAUAUUAAACUUUGUACUAGAUGGUCAACAUCAAUUUGGACAAGGUCUUAUUACUUAUGCCAAUGAUCAUAUAGUUAAUUGGCUUACAACAUUGGCUGAUAGUUUUCGUGUUGCUGAUGAUAUGGGAAAGCUCAGAUUUCAGUUCUACAUAUUUCACAAGCCACUCUUCAGUUGGAAAGGAUCCUAUGUUGUUACCCAAGUGUGUGCAGAAAAGAAAGUAUCUUUUGAUAAUGGUCUUGAUGGUUCAGUUGCAGAAGACUGUUACUUUGCUAUGAAAGCUUACGUUCAAGGCUAUACAUUCAAUUUUGUUGAAGGAGAAAUGUGGGAAAAAUCCCCAUUUACACUGUGGGAUUUCAUGCAACAAAGAAAACGGUGGAUUCAAGGUAUUCUAUUAGUUGUACAUUCAAAAGAGAUACCUCUCGUAAAUAAGGUUUUUCUAGCAAUAUCUUGUUAUUCUUGGGUCACACUGCCAUUUUCUACCAGCAAUAUUUUACUUGCUGCAUUUUGUCCCAUACCUUGCCCACAUCUUUUAGACUUAAUAUGUGGGUUUAUAGGUGCUGUAAAUAUUUACAUGUACAUAUUUGGUGUUAUUAAGUCAUUUCCAAUACACAGAUUUGGCCCUCUUAAGUUUGUCAUGUUUGUUGGAGGUGCAUUAGCAACAAUCCCAUUUAAUAUUGUAAUUGAAAAUAUUGCAGUUAUAUGGGGUGUGCUAGGCAAAAAACACAAAUUUUACAUUGUUAACAAGGAAGUCAAGAUUCCAACCACAGUAUGAUUAUUAGUUUAAAAGAAAAAACACAAAGCAGUUAUAUUGCACAAAUUACUUAAUAUUAUUAUUCAUUUUAUGAAUGUUGAAUUUUGAGUGAAUUAUAAUGUGAUUCCUUUUUAUAUCAAAAAUUGAACAUGAACAAGUGAUCAGUCACCUAUUCUUUGUUACCAAAGACUUAAGUUUUGUAAGUAAUAUUUUUUAGUUAUGUCUUACUAGAAUGGUCCAUCCUUUGAAAUGUUGUUUAUUUUUAUACUUAUGUAAACAUUUGUGUGAAAUCUUUGUAUGUGUAUUUUCCGUUCUACAUUUUGGCUCCUAAGGAAGACAUAUUUUUUGAUAAGUUUGUUAUUGUUAUGUUUCUAUCUAAUAUUUUAUAUGUGGGUAAGUAUUUUUGUAAGUAGGGCUUUUAACACUAAUGUUAAAUAGUUGUAAAACACCCAAAUCAGCACAUUAUAUAAAUGUGAAAGCAUGAUAAUAUAGCACAAAAUAUUAUAUAAUAAUUUGCAAUUCUAUAGCGAUUGUUUAAAUCGUCAGUUUAGUAAUCAGUUAUGAUUUUUGAAUAUUCACAAUAAAUAAUCUUUAAAGAUUGAGUUUUUUACAGAUUUACUUUUUCAACAUGUUAUUUUUUGCUUCAUGGAUGUACUUAACUAAUAAAAAAAAAUUACAGAUUUGUGAGAUAGUGAAUAGCACACAAAAUAAAGCUGAUAUACCUUUGCAUUUCUUUUUUAAUAGCGUUCACAAAAAUGAAAAGUCUGAUUUGUUUCUAUUAUUUCUGUAAUAGGUAAACGGAAUAUGCGAUUUAAUAAUCUAAAUAAUCUUGAUAAUACUAUUGUCUCAUCUUACUCGUAAGACUAGUCGGUUGCGCGAUCUCUGCACGACGAAGUGCGACUAUCGUCGUCCGAACCCGAUAAUAGAAGAAAACUAUAAAUCUAGCAGAAAUAAGAGCGAAUUAAUUGUCCUUAAGAACUAAAUAUGUCUUUAUCGAUCUUUUUUCGAAGACGCGUGAUUUGUCGAUCGAGCGAUGUCAUUAGCGCGUAUAGAGAAGAUUUGAUCAAGUGCUAAUCGCACGUCAAUCAACAUCGGUGAAAAUGAUAAGCGCGAUCGCAUUAAAUUAUUAAUAAGACCAUCUUUGAAUGCUUUCAAUUCUUGUGUUAUAUUUUACUCAAGUGAGCGAUACAAGGCAUGGAAUAAUGAGUUUAUCAACCGGUCUAUUUAAAAUAUGUUUUUUUCGUUAUAUAAUAAAUAGUUUGCUUCAAAAAACCUUUGUGCUGCAAAAUUUGUGUUUUCUUUUCAGUUCUUUAUAGUGUGUAGAAAUCAUACUUGAGUCGACGCAAUCGUUUCCGUUCUUUAUCACUUACAGGUAUCUAACGAUCUACGAAUAGGUUUAGUACGAUAACGCUUAUUCUAGUAUUUUUUUAAUGAAUAAUGAGUCUUCUAUUAUGUAGGAGGCAAUCGCUUUAAAAUAAUUUAGAUUUAGACUAUAACUCAAAAACUUCUUAGACGCCUUUUUAUAACACCAAAGUAUAGAGUAACAUACGAAAUCUAAAGAUUUUUAGUGCAUAAUUUUAAUUUGGACCCGACCCGAUGGAGAGAGAUCUUAUAUGACAAGAUUACUCGCCAUACCAGUGAUCACGAUCCUCAGUCAUGAGGGAGCGACUAAAGAGAGAGAAUUUUAAUUUAAUCUUGGCAGACUUUUGAGUGAAACUUUUUUAUUGGGACAUUUCAAAAGAGUAGGCAUACCUUAUUAUUAUUAAAGAGUACAUUUAAUUUAUUUAAUGGCAUAUUCUGUAGGUAGGUACAACAGAAUAGUGGCGUAAAUUUGAUUGUGUUAUCUUGGGCGGCAAUUUUAUUUUUGUAUCUUUUACGCUGAGAAGCCCAAGGUUGUUCUCUAAAUCAUUAUAAUUUAAGUUAUGCGUCACUCGGGAGAUUACAUGGAUUUCCCGGCCACCGCGAAGUGCUACACAGACCACAUCGCCAGGAUAUGUGUAUUUACGCCACUACGGUAGACCAAUAUUGUAUAGUGAAUGUAAUAAUUUGUAUAUUUAAAAAUUGUCUUGUAACAGUUGUCUCAAGUUCUUUAUAUUGCACAAAAUGUGACUAAGGCUGGCAGUACCUAAAUGUUCGUUUUCUGAAAUUGUUAUCGUAUUCGGGCACUCGAUUGCAAUAAAUCAAUAUAAAAUUGAUUAUAGUAUUGGGUACUCCGAAUGAGUACUUAAAUUUAAUCCGGAAAAGGAACAUUUUCGUAAUCAAGAUAGUGUUUUUUGUUUAGUUCAUUCAGGCCUUGAAUUUUAUUAUAACUAUGUAAAUAAUGAUGUUUAUAGAUGAAAAGAUGUAAGCUGUAUUGCGUCCUAAAAGUGAGAAUUUAGAACGUUUCUAACUAAGCAAUCUGGGCCUUGAUUUUCUAUGGAGUUCACUAAUCACUAAGAACUGUCAUUACCUCUUUUUAUUUAUAAAAUUGUUUUGUGUAGUCAAUAGUUAAAAAAUAUUUUGACAUCGAUCAAUACCUAUUUGAAUACGAACCGAAAACGAUCUCGCAAAGAACUGACAGGCAAUUUUAGUCAAACUAGCGAUUAAAAGUUAACAUACUGAAACAAAUUAAAUGUUCAAAAUAAACAUUAAUAUACAGGAUGUUAAGAUAGUGUGUAAUAAUUAAUAGUGUAAUUUUUUUAAUUAUUUUUGGUCUCCUAGCAUUUAGUUGUUUGUAAAAGUAUUAUUCGCAUAUUAUGGUGUAACUUUUUUUCCUACUGCUGGCGGUCCCCGAUUUCUUACAUAUCCCUACACUAGGCUAGGCUAGAGUGAAAGGAGACAUUUUUUCCACGGGGGAGGAUACAUUUUUUAUCGUCUCCCACUGUUUUAUUCACUUCGGAGAGUAAAUGGGCAUGGGCUUCAGGAUGAAAAUAGUAUCCAAAUAAUAUUUGUGUAAAAUUAAACGAGGCCAAACUUCUCCUAAUCACUUUCCAUAUCACAAAUAGGCAUAGGAACAAUGACAAGUAUAAAUUAAAAAAUUGAUUCCUUGUGAAAAUAAUUGGGAGAUAAAUAGUUUGUCUUGUGUCUAUGCUAGCAAUGCUGACGUUGUUUCCAUGCCCCCCGGCCUCGAGGUUUUACGGGCUAACAUUUUCCCACUUUUUCUCGCCUGCAUUAUUGGUAAUAAAGUUACGAAGGUUUAAAGUCCAUUUAUUUUCCUAAACGAUAGUAUUAUAGUUAACUUGUAGGAGGCCAGCAUGACCUUUCGUCACUUAUCGAUUUUUCUUUUUUAAUUAAAUAUACCACAGAACUUACUAGCAUAUCUAUGUUAUAGUAUGUAAUGGUCAAAAAGUAUGUACUUCGUUCUCUUAGAUAUAAAUGUAUCAAUGAUUAAGUAUCUGAGAUAAAUUUUCGGCAUUGUUAAUGUUUUAAACACAAUUGACUAGUCAUAAAAGUAAUUUUAAUAUUUAUAAUUAUAAUUUAAAAGUACCGAUAUAAACCAGUGUUUUAAAGGUUAUUCUAUAGAUUUCUAUGUUCCCCAAUCUUACUUGUAAGCGUCAGGUCAAAUUCAGGGAUCAAAAACAGUGUCAAUUGUCGCCCUUUGCGUUAAGUGCUUAUGUAAUUGCUUCAAUUUACUGCCACAGGACACGUCUCCAAUUAAAAUAGCAUACUGUAGUAUUUAAUACUGGACUUUUAGUAUAAGAUUUGUAGUAGUUUCUAGUAUCGAAAUGGUAGUCUCCAAUGGCUCAGAACAAGUAAAUCUUAUACUUAGGUACAGUCCUCGUUGUCGACGAAAUUUUAGAAAGAUGUAACGUAGAUAGAGAGAAGAAGAGAGCAGUGCCUAUCUAAUACAAAUUGCGCGAUUUUAAUGAGAGUUUUUUUAAGAAGUUUCACUUCUAACACGUGAAUCGAUCAUCACGAGCAUCAUCCUAGUCUCACUGCUGGGCACAGGUUCUAUCAUAGGAGAAAGUAUUAGAGCGUAGACCCACUACCCUACGGUUGACGGGCUUUACGAUUAUUAUCACACGUUAUUGAAAAAUAGCCAAGAGCGAGGGCUUAACAAAUUUUCCAAGGUACUGGGCCGGACACAGUCAAAUGACCCAUGUAUCGAAUCCAGGUUCUCGAAAGGACGUAAACAGUGCUGCACGCGGGUGUUUAUUUUUUAGUACGAAUACGUUAGGAACGUUGUCGACGAUACCGUAAUUAAAUUUUAUCUACAACAAAAUACUGCCACAGUGCCAUCUAAAUCCACUAACGAUUAGAUACAAGGCGUGAUAAUGAUGCGUAUAAAGCAUAUUGUCUGUUAUUCGUACCUGAAUGUAUCUAAUUUUAGACUUCCGUGGGUACCUUUAGGUUAAUACUAUUGUAGAUUAUUUAAGUAUUUAUUGCGUUCCUUAGUAGCUAAAGAAUGCUAUAAAAGGUGAAAAUAUGAGUGCUUCCAGAUUCUCCUACUGGGUUCUACUGGUAACAUCCAUUAAGUAAACUCUGAUAAACAAUAUAAAUAUUACAAUAUAGGUAUAUGUACCUUUUUUUUUCUCAAGACAUGAUACAGUUCCUAGGUCUGGUCCAUUUUGCUGUUGUCGGAUUGUGACCAGUGUUUUUACCAUGUUCUACACAUUUCGUCGACGUUCCCGGCGCAAUGGUGUUAUAUAUGGGAAGUCCCGGGUCCGAUCGCCGGCCAGGCGGUUUGGGAAUAUAUAAUUUCUGAAUUUUCACUGGUCUGGUCUGGUGAGUCUUUUGCUGUGGCUAGUUACCACAAUAAAAUGUGCGCCAAGCGACAGCAUUCCGAAUUCCGCGCAGAAAUCGAUUACGGGCAUUUAACGGGUUUACGGGAACCUAGUAGGAGCAUGAGGAAUUACCUAGAAACCCUAGCUAGUUUUUAAAGUGCGUGGUUGUAAUUGAGUAUUGAUUAUUUGGCACCUCAUAAUGAUAGGUAAUUAUUAAUUGUAUCGAAUAAAAGUGAAUGCGGAUUGCAUAUAACAGAUA